AUGGUUUCAGCCUGGACAAAGAUUGCAAUCUGGCUCUGGGGGCCAGAUGCCAAAGAUCGUGCCCUGUUGUCCAAACUCGACGUGACCCUACUCCCUUACUUCUCAUUGAUCUGGUUUCUGUUUGGCGUCACCCGAGCGAGUUAUUCCUCUGCCUACAUCAGCGGCAUGAAGGAGGCACUGGGCUUCCAGGGCAAAGAAUACAACUAUAUGACUACUGCGUACUUGGUUGUCUACGCUGUGUGCCAAAUGCCGGGAACGAGUCUAUUGACUAUUUAUCGUCCUAAAUAUGUGUUCGUAGCUGCCAACGUCACCUGGAGCGUCUUAACCUUGAUCACGUACAAGAUGACACAUGCCUGGCAAGUGAUUCUGCUCAACGCGAUCGAGGGAGGGUUUUCGGCCAUCGCAUAUGUGGGUGCCCACUUCAUUCUCGGCUCCUGGUACAAGAGGUCUGAGCUUGGCAUGCGGGCUGCUGUCUUUUGUGUGUUUGGUCAACUGGGGACCAUGGCGGGUGGCUGGAUUCAAGCAGGCUUGCUGGCGGCAUUAGCAGGGAAGGACGGUCUUCCACCCUGGAAAUGGAUUUUCAUCAUUGUUUCAGCGAUGACCGUGCCCGUUGCGUUGUUUGGGUGGGUAUUCAUCCCCGAUCUUCCAGCACAUCGUGCGGCCUGGUUCUUGAACAGCGAACAAAAGGAGCAUGCAGUAUCACGACUGGGUACUGUACGCAAACAAUCCUGGGACGUGACAGUAUUCAAGCGUGUUUUACUGAGCUGGCAAUUCUGGCUCUUACCAUUUAUCUUCAUGCUCUAUUCCCUUUGUGUGCAGUCCCUGCAGAACAAUGUUAUGGCCUACUGGAUGGCAUCCCGUGGCUAUACCACCAUUCAACAGAACAACUACCCCACAGGCAUCCACGCAACUGCCAUUCUCGGCACUGUAGUCUACGCCGGAAUUUCCGAUAAGCUGCAGUCGCGCUGGGAAGUAUCCAUUGCCAUCGGUCUGACCUUCAUCAUCGGCUCAUCGAUCCUCGUGUCGAAUCCAUCCACGGACGCAGGCUAUUUCGUGGCAUUUUAUCUACUCGGUACAACAUUUGCGCCCCAAGCAGUCUGGUACUCGUGGAUGGCAGACGUCACGGGCCAUGAUUUCCAGCUCCGCGCCAUCACAACGGGCUUCAUGAAUUCCUUCGACUUUGCCUUCGUGACUUGGUGGCCGUUGAUCUUUUACCCUGCCACAGCUGCGCCAAACUUCCACAAAGGAUAUAUUGCAAGUCUGGUGACGGGGUCCCUGACACUCCCGUUCAUUGCUUUGAUUGCGUAUCUUGAGAAAAGAGACCGAGCACGGGGCGUUAUAGGGAGGGUUGAACGAGAAGAACCAAUUAUUGAUGAGAAUACACGUUUGCGAGGAGACGAGUGUGGGAAGCCAGUAGGUACACCUGUCAAUGUACGUGCAGCAGAGAUUGAUGUCUGA